AUGGCACAUCUCCUCCAGCCCAUCAUCCUGGGCGACUGCAUCCCCCUCCGCAAUCGCAUCUGCAUGGGCUCAAUGACACGCAACCGCUGCGUGGACGAUGCCAAACCUACACCCGCCACAGCCCGACACUACGCUGACCGAGCUCGAGAUGGAACCGGCCUCAUCAUUGCAGAGGGGGCGUUUGUCUCUCUACAUGGUGCUGAAUGGCCUCAUGCGCCGGUCAUGUUUGACGAUAGUCAUGCUGGGGCGUGGAAGAAGGUCACUGCUGCUGUGCAUGAGCAGGGUGGGAGGAUUUUCUUUCAGCCGUGGCAUCCUGGUCGGAUUCAGCAUGAGGACAUGCCCAUGUUGAAGGAAAGUGGCUAUCCUGUGCUGGCUCCAUCGACAGUGCCAGCGGCUGGAGGCAAGUUUCGUCUUCUUGAGGGUAAACCGGGCCAUACUGAAAACAUCACCGAGAUCGGCGAUCCAAGUGUGAUUGUCGAGCAGUUCAAACAGUCUGUUCUUCUGGCACAGGAGAGUGGCUUUGACGGCAUUGAAUUGCUAUGCCAGGGGGGCUAUCUCCUUCACAACUUUCUAUGCUCCCACGCCAAUAAACGAAUUGAUGAAUAUGGAGGCACCAUCGAAAACCGCUGCCGCUUCCCCCUCCAAGUCCUCGACGCCAUCAUCUCAGUCUGGGGACCUCGUCGUGUAGGAAUCAAAAUCUGCCCAUCAGACGACUACAAUGACUCGGCUGUCUCAUACGAUGAACUGAGCGAAGUGUAUGAGUAUCUUAUCCGCCAGCUAGUUAUUCGUGAACUGGGAUAUAUCGAGCUCUCUCGCCGUGGUAGUAUAGACAGAGCACAGGAUGACUAUUUCAAGACGCCGCCUCGUCUACAGGGAAAGGAGUUACCGGAUAACUAUGAUACAAUUGCGCAGUUUGGGCCGUUGGUCAAGUAUCCUGGUAGUAAGAGUUUGCUUAUGGUUAACCAUGAAUACACGGUGGAUGAGGCGGAGGAGUUGUUGCGAGAGAAUAAGGCUGAUAUGGUGUGUCUUGGUCGGCCGUUUAUCUAUAAUCCUGAUCUGAUCACUCGCAUCAAGAAUGGCCUUCCCUUUGCAGUGAAUGAUCGAGGUGGAAUGGUCAACUAUGGACCGUAUACAACGCCCGAUGAGAAUUACAAUGACUGGCCAGCUGCAUCGGCAUAA